UUCCUUCUCAAAAAUCCCAACCCAAAAACCUCUCCUCUUCUUCUUCUUCCCUCAAAAAAUUUCCCUCGGAUUUCUGCAUCUCUGCGAUCUGAGAUUCUCCGAUGAGAAAACUGUUCCCUAAUCAUGACAGGGAAGAUGCUCUGGAGACGGUCCUGGAGGUUCCGAUUCCAGAAGAGAUUUUCACUUCCAACAAGCACAAGCCAUGGCAGCACUUGCAGACUUGGACGCUUGGUCCUCAGGCUUCCGGCUUCCGUGCCGCGGCGGAGCUUCAAUUCCUUCUCGGCGUCGUCGGGGCGCCGCUAAUACCUCUGCCAAUUCCAUCUGAUCGAACCCUAAACAACGACAUCAGAAAUUCCCCCAUCGAGAGGUCCAUGGCGAAGUACAUAGUGCAGCAAUACAUAGCGGCGGCGGGAGGCGAGCACGCCUUGAAUUCGAUCGACAGUAUGCACGCGGUAGGGAAGGUGAAAAUGGCGGCGUCGGAAUUUGUCGGCGGGGAGGAAUUACGGCAGGGAAGUUCCAAGGCUUUGGUGAAGAGUAUGAAGCACGGUCCUGGAGAAAUUGGGGGAUUCGUUUUGUGGCAGAGAAGGCCCGAUUUGUGGAGCCUCGAAUUGGUAGUUUCAGGCUGUAAGAUCACCGCCGGUAGCGAUGGCAACGUCGCCUGGAGGCAAACUCCAUGGCACAAUUCCCAUGCUUCCCGCGGGCCACCGCGGCCGCUCCGGCGAUCUCUGCAGGGACUUGAUCCGAGGUUGAUAGCAAAUCUCUUCUCCAAUGCAGUCUGCACCGGGGAGAAGACAAUCAACGGCCAGGAUUGCUUUGUGCUGAAGCUCGAAGCCGAGUCUUUGGCCCUUAAGGCAAGAAGCAGCCCGAAUGUCGAAAUAGUAAGACACACUAUCUGGGGCUAUUUCAGCCAAAGAACAGGUCUUUUAAUCCAAUUACACGACUCCCAUUUGCUGAGAACACGAGCCUCUGGAAACAAUGUGGUCUGCUGGGAGACAACCACGGAGUCCCUGAUCCAGGACUACAGGACAAUCGAGGGCGUCAACAUCGCACAUUUGGGCAGGACAUCGAUUUCACUGUUGAGAUUCGGGGAAUCAUCGGAGAGACACACUCGGACGAGAAUGGAGGAGAUUUGGAGCAUCGAGGAAGUGGAUUUCAACAUAAAGGGAUUACGGAUGGAGUGUUUCUUGGCUCCCAGCGACCUGAAAAGGGAAGACGAAGAAGAAUGCGGCGGCAGCGCUGUUGUCAGUUUGCCUUGCAGAGGUUUGAACAAUUCUUGUAGGACUGCUAAGGGUGCUCGAAAAGUUGUCGCUGUGGAAGAACAACACUUCGGAGUGUUCCAAGGUGAACAAAGGUUGUAAUAACAUUUCAUCUUUCGGGACCACCUUGUAUAUAACAUUUAGGACGGCGGUUAUGGUGCACUGUGCUGAUAGCAAGGUAAUAUAUACCAGAUAAUACAUUAGAUCUAAAUUUACGAAGAACUUACAGCACGUACUAAUAGUUAUACGACAUGUGCUGUCUGUUAUAUUGUUAUAUGAUAUCCAUAGUAUUUUCAUGUGCUGAUUUGGGUAAUCGGCUGGGAUAACAUUUAGAUCCCAUUUAUCAUGUAGUUAUUUAUUGGUAACGCAA